UCGAUUUUAAUUAAUUAAGCUGCCCUGAUGGCAACUUCUCUGUUGAUUUUUCGUUUAAUCGAUUCUACCGCCGGUUGACGUUUACUUUCUGAUUUCCAAUAAUUAGUGUUCUUCCAGUUUGAAUUCUUCACAUAAAUUAAUUUACAGAAGUGUAGAAUCUAGAUGCUUUUCAUGCCAUUGAUAUAAAAUUCAGUAGCAGUGUGUAAAGAAUAAUUGAAGCUUUGGCUGUAAGAAGCUUACCGGUGGAAGAAUCGCUUCGAAAUCAUUAUGAAUUCUCCGCAGGAAAAGACGGCAAGAAAGGAAUUGCAGGGUCCGAGACCAACACCUCUCAAGGUUUCCAGAGAAUCGCAUCAGGUUCGGAAGCCGCCGCUGCCAGUUCAAUACAAGCCGCCGGUUAUUAUUUACGCGCACUCUCCGAAGAUCAUUCACACAGAUGCUGGAGAAUUCAUGACGCUUGUCCAGCGACUUACAGGUCGCAACGCUAGUAACCCUAAUUCACAUAAGCCGCCGCCUCCGGCGGCGGUGAGCUCUGCUGGCGUGGUCUUUGAGGCCUCUUGCAGCCCUAAAGCUGACAGUUUUAGGGUUUCUAACAGCAAUCUUUCGUUGAUUUCUUCGCCAGAGCAAGAAUCGGAGAAAUUAUUUACUCGCGACAUUUCUCCGGCUUCUCCUGGAAGUAUUCCGAGCAGUUCGUUUCCUCCCUUUUCGCCAAACUUCUCUCUGCCUUCUCCGCCUCUUUUAUCGCCUAAUUUGUUUCAAGAUUUGCCUUUAUUUGCACCGCAGCUUCAGUUAGAUUAUUCGGAUCGUUUCUUCUCGCCCGGCCAAAUUUUCCAAAAGCAAUCUGAAUUAUUAUUUAACCCUUCUCCUUCUCUUAGAUCGUACAUGAACAUGAACAUGAAUUCUUCCUGGUCUGCAUCUCCUACAGGUUAUGAUCUCUUGAAUGAUCGGCCGUCAGGGAAUAUGACCUAAUUUGUCAUCUCAGCUUUCAUGUUAGUAGAUACUGGAGUUCAGCUUAGUUGUCUUAGGACUUUAAUCUGAUUUUAUGAAUAUAUAUAUCAUCAACUCUGUAAAGAUUGGCAAAGCAUGACCAGUUGAGUUAUUUACUAGCUCUCUCUGUACAUUUGAGUGACGUCACUUUAGCCGCCAUGUUUGAUUUGGUGCUUUGUUGGUGAUUGUGGAAUUUAUUUAUUCUAACAGUUCUCAAAUCUUCUGUUUUUCUUGGGGUAAAGUGUAGUUUUUGGUGUUAUUUGAUUUUAUUCUAACUUAACUUGUAUGUCCGCAACGAUAAAUGACAAGAACUAUAAGUCAAGAGUGUACCAGCG